AUGCACAAAGGCUCCAAGAAGUACUUCGGGCAGAAGUCCUUCAGUGAGGUGGCCAUGGACGAGUACCUGGGCAGCCUGGGGCUGUACCGCAAGAUGACGGCCAAGGACGCCUCCUGCCUGUUCCGAGCUGUCUCGGAGCAGCUGUUUUCAUCUCAAAUUCAUCACGCAGAAGUUAGGAAAGCUUGUGUUUCGUUUAUGAGGCAGCACCAGCCGAGGUUUGAAUCCUAUGUGGAAGGCUCAUUUGAGAAAUACCUAGAACGACUAGGAGAUCCAAAGGAGAGUGCUGGCCAGCUGGAAAUAAGUGCUUUAUCAAUGAUGUACAAGCGAGACUUCAUCGUGUACCGCUACCCCGGGAAGCCACCCACACAUGCUACAGACAGUGGCUUUGAAGACAAGAUUUUACUGUGUUGUUCCAGUAACGGCCAUUAUGACUCUGUGUAUACAAAACAAUUUCAGGAAAAUGCUGCCGUUUGUCAGGCUGUAUUAUAUGAGAUCCUCUACAAAGAUGUGUUUGGCAUGGAAGAGGAAGAAUUAAGGUCUGCAGUUGAGGUGUUUCGAAGUAGAUCCAAGAAGAACAGAAACAGUGCUCCUGUAGAGAGUGAGGAUGCAAACUUUGGUUGCCUCCAUGAAAAAGUGCCCAGAAAUCCAUCUGAAAAGAGGCUGGAUGAUUGGGAAGGCAACGAUACUGACAACCCACAGGAAACCAAGUUCAAACAAGGCAUUGAAGAACAAAAGCCUCCAGAAAAUCCUCCAAAGAUGCCUGUUCCUUAUAAAGUGCUAAAAGCACUGGACUCUACCAUCUAUCGAAAUGUGGAGUUUGAUGUUUGGCUGGACAGCAGAAAAGAGCUUCAAAAAACUGACUACAUGGUGUUUGCUGGGAGACAGUACUAUUUAGGAGACAAGUGUCAGGUGUGUCUAGAACCAGGAGAAAAGUAUUACAAUGCUCAUAUCCAGGAGGUUGGACAGGAUAGCAACACAUUGACUGUAUUUGUUGAAGAGCUGGCAGAAAAGCACACAGUUCCUUUGGCAAACUUAAAGCCAGUGACACAAGUGGCUCCUGUCUUUGCUUGGAAUAUGGCUCACAGCAGAAGAGGAGGAGCUUAUCAGAAAGUAACGGGUGGACACUUCUCAGGAAUAGAAAUGGACAUGAAAACACGGAAGAGGAUGCUGAAGAAAGUCCGUGGGAAGGAAGUGUUCAUGGCUGUGGCUUACAGCAGGGGACAGCCAGUGCUGCCACCCCGGCUGCAGCACAGUGCUCCCUCAGGGCGCUUCCCUGCCAUCCACUGCUCCCAGGGAGGAGCAAGCAUGGCUCCCUACAAACCCUAUCACCCGCAGAAUCCUCCCAGGCACCACCACUGGCUAGGAGUUCAUGCUGUUCAGGGAUCUGCCUGAUUUAUAGACAGGCACAGCAUGCUUGGCCCUCAAACAGCAUUCUACCCCAGCCCAGGGAAGAGAGGCUGUCAGAGUUGUGACAGCUUCUCCUGCAGGUCCUGCUCGUACAGCCGCAGCCGCCGCCCGCUGCCGUGUGUGAGCAGGGAGUACCAGUACGGCUUUGUGGCAGGGGCUGCAGAGGAGCCCCAAGGGCCAGAAGAAACUGUAACUUUCUGUGAAAUUGAAGGAGACGAUGACACCACUUUUCCUACUCUGCAUGUGAGUUAUGAGCAAAGGAGCCACAGUAGCCCUGCUCCCAUUGUCCAUGGUCCAGGGGCAUUCUGGGUAGCAAGGAGGGGUCCAAACUCUGCUCCUUCUAACAAGCAGAACUUGAGUGCCUUAGAGGAUGAAGAAGCAAGUGAAAAUGGGAAAUAUCAUGAGGAAUAUAUUUAUGCACCUCCAGAUCCCAACUGUGAAACUGCAACAGUGUUUAGUUCAGCAGAACCUACAGCAAACCUGGUGUUGGUGAACUCUGCAACAGUUUCCACCUCCACAGAUGUUUACACUGCUCCAGCUACAGGUCUCUCUUCAAAUUCUGCUGCCUCCACUCCAGCCAGUGUCAUAACAGCAGCUCCCCCACAAACAGCAGUUCAACCUGUCAUAGUAUCUCCCUUUUCUGUGGGGAGGCCAGCAGUUUCUUCGGUGCCAUUCCCAAUUUAUUCAGCUCCUCUUCCCCCUGUGAGUGAGGUGGGAGAAGCCAGUGCUGUUCUUCCAGCUUACUCUUGUGAUCCCAGUGGCAGUGAUUUGCCUCGAGAUACAAAGGUCUUGCGGUAUUAUUUUAAUAUGGGAUUGCAAUAUUGCCAUCAGAGCUGUUGGCCUUCCAUGAUGUACAUGCAGCCAGUGCUGCCUCCAUCUCCAGUGGAAGUUUACCCAGCAUAUGCUGAGCCAGCUCCUGUCCUGGAUCAGUCAGUGCCUCAGCUCUUCCCUGAUGCUGGGCAAGCUGAAGUCCACCAGGUUCCCUUGGAGGCAUCAGCAAAUGGUAACUUCCAAAACACAGAGCCUCCACCCCUGCCCUACGGGCCAGUGUAUUACCCAGUGGUGUCAGAGCCCUUCAGCCAGCAGCCUCUGCCUGGCUUUGACUCUGUAGUUCCUGCCUACCGCUACAUCGGGACCUGGCAUCCAGUAAAUCCUCCCCACGGAAAUUCCCCACCAGUGGCGAAGGCUGGCAGCUCAGCAGCACCACCCCAGGUCGGCUACAUGGCCUCCCCCAACCCUGCACCUCCUGAUGCACCUCAGGGAAUGUAA